AUGUCGAAAGUAACUUUCAAGAUUACUCUAACUUCUGACCCAAAACUGCCGUUUAAAGUAUUGAGCGUGCCCGAAGCGACUCCAUUCACGGCGGUGCUGAAGUUCGCGGCUGAAGAGUUCCGCGUGGAGCCAGCCACCAGCGCCAUCAUCACUGACGAUGGUAUCGGCAUCAACCCUCAGCAGACCGCAGGCAAUGUGUUCCUGAAGCACGGCUCAGAGCUCCGACUGAUCCCCAGGGACCGAGUGGGGCAGACUGCUACAUAG